CUGAAUCUGAUACGCAUAACUACAAAGCAUAAAAUAGCAUUAAAAAAAAUCAGACUCCAGGGACCAGGAGUCACAGGACGGUGUGCAGGUGGAUUUUAAAGCAUAUAACAGGUUAAUAUGCUGGAUAAUAGUAGUGAAUGGGUGGCGAUUGCCGGGGCCACAGGUAAUGCCGGCAAAGAGGUGGUAAGAUCAGCCAGUGCGAGUGGCUUGCGAGUUAGAGCUCUGGUUCGAAACAAGGACAGACUGGGCGAUGUGCUGCACUUGUGUGAAGACGUGCGGAUAGUGCAAGUGACACAGCCAGAAACAUUAAAGGGCUGCCUGAAGGGAGUACGGUUUGUGGUAUCUUGUCUGGGUAAAACGUUUCAAAACGACAGUACACCACGUCAUGAUGUUGAUGUGGGUGCCAACAUAAACCUGAUGAACGAGGCUAAGCAGACGGAAGGCAUCGAACGAUUCUGUUUGUUGAGUGUGUUCAUGGCGAGCGUGGAGCACCCCGUGAGCAUGAUAAGGAUGAAAGGAGAAGCGGAAAAAGCCCUUCAUGACAGUGGGCUGUCAUACACAAUCAUUCAGCCGAGCGGAUUCUUCUCAGAUAUGUGGGAAAUCUUUGAAAUGGCACGAAGUGGGACGUAUUGGUCCGUAGGAGAUGGCACGUACAAGUUCAACCCAAUUUCGCUGGUGGACCUGGGCGACUUUCUCGUGAGUAAACUGCUGAAUGCGGAAUCCAUCAAUCAGACCUACCCAGUUGGUGGUCCCGACGUGUUUCCGGCAAAGGAAGUUGCUGCAAUCGCCAGCCGUGUAUUGAACAAAGAAGUGAAGAUCCAUUGCCUACCACUUUGGCUGUGUAAAGGUUUGGUGGGGAUGGUGGCACCCUUCUCCCGGAACUACUACGAGCUGGGUAAUUUCUUCGUGGGUAAUGCCGAUUAUAUUGCGAAGAAUUGCGACAAUGAUGGUUCUGUGCCUUGCUAUGGAGUGCACCAUCUUGAAGAUUACAUCAGGGAAAGGUACACCCGUGAACAGGCAGAGAAUGCACAAAAGUGAGCGGUGACUAAAGCCCGCGUGUAUGCGCUAGUAUUUCCGUUUUCUGAUGCACCCUCAAACACGACUUUGGCGACUGACUUUGCUUGUAUCUUUACUGAUCAAUUAUGACUUACUGUACAAGUGAAAUCGCGCGGUAACAUGUUAAAAGGGUUGAUUUUUGUUCUUAUUCACCACGGUGAUUUUGCAUUUCUGUAUACUGUCUAACUGUAUUGUAGUGGGGAAGUAGUCCAGGUCGUGCACAGUGAAAAAAAAAAUCAUGCCUAAGGUUUGAACAAUGAGCUAUAAAGACUGGUUUACUUGAAGAUAGGACAAGAGACUGCUGUGAUAUAUUAUGUCGGCAAAUUAAUCUGGCUUUAAGAUUCGGCGAGCUUUGGAGAUAAAUUGUUCAAUGUAGCUAUUGCAUGGAUAGGGUGAUAUGACUGAGAGGACGAGAAUACUCGUGGACCUAUCAUCGAAUGUUGAAAGUUCGACUACACACCUCAUGAUGGAAUGUCACAGAGUUCAAGUUUAUAUAAAAUAUCUGGGUGGCGCGAUGCGCCAAAGAUAGAGUUUAUCAACAGUCUCAUCACCGCUUAGGGUUCUGCAAGUCUGUUGUAGUCGUGGAGGUAAAAC